AAUUUUUAAAUUUUCUAUCAAUUUUCAGUAAAGCUUUCGACACAAUUAGACAUGUUCUGCCCUCUAUUACUUUGAGUCAUAACUGUUUACAAUUCAUCUCUGUAUCUUUUAGUUCCUUCAUUUCACGCUAGAUGGCAAUAAAUGCACAACAACAGUUAACAGAUGCAAAAACGCGACCAGAGUAAAAAGUCGUCACUUGCAUUUACAAAUUAGAUGUAUUUUGCCUUCUGUGUAUAGCUGGUUUAUACGACAGGUGUUCUUUGAUUACAGUUACACCUCCCCGUUCCCCUCACUCCUCAAAGCUUGCACUUGUAAAGUUCACACCGAAAUAAAACAAACUUUUAAACAAGUUUAAGGACAAAAUAAAGAUCUUUGUCUGUGUAAAUGCCUAUGUAAAUGCUUGAAACAGCCAUGAAGAGUGUGUAUUUGUGAUCUGUGAUAUAGUUAAGUGUUUUGUGAGUUAAAAUUAGUUCGAAACAAUAAAAAUGUCGGACUCUUCUUCAGCUAGUGGUAGUACAAAAUCAGCUCCUCUCGUCUCAAUAAACGAAGUCAGUGGAUUAUUCGAAUCUGCGAAGAAAUAUGAAGAGCUCAACGUCAUUGGCACGGGUGCCUAUGGAACAGUGUACAAAGCAAGAGACCUGCUCAAAGGCGGGCAGAUAGUUGCCAUGAAGAAAGUGAAGGUGGCGCUGACAGAGGAUGGGAUCCCGCUCUCCACACUGCGGGAGAUUGCACUUCUGCAGCAGCUCGGAGCUUAUAAACACCCCAACAUAGUGAGGUUGCUGGACGUGUGUCACGGCGGUCACUCCAUGGAAAGGGAGCAGCUGGUGCUGUUCCUGGUCUUCGAGCAUGUGGAACAAGACUUGGACUCUUAUCUAAAGCGAGCACCAGGGCCAUUGUCAGAAAAUAGGAUCCGGAGCAUGUCUUACGACAUCCUCUCCGGUGUAGACUUCCUCCACUCCCAUCGCAUCGUCCACCGAGACCUGAAGCCACACAACCUACUAGUGACCUCGGAAGGCCGCGUCAAGCUCGCGGAUUUCGGCCUCGCCAAGACUUAUGAUACUGAUAUGAAGCUCACCAGUGUGGUGGUAACCUUGUGGUACCGGCCUCCCGAGGUCCUGCUCGGAGUAUCAUACAACACCGGCGUGGACGUGUGGUCGGCGGGUUGCGUGCUCGCCCAGCUGCACUCCCGGGCCCCUCUGCUGCCUGGGGCGUCUGACUCCGACCAACUGCACUGCAUAUUCAGAUUGAUUGGGCGACCUCCCAGAGAAGAGUGGCCGGAGAACGUGUCCAUCGUAGCGGACAGCUUCCCGGAGUACCCUCCGCAGGACCUGGCCGACAUACUGCCCAGGAUACACCCCCACGCCUUGGACCUUAUACGGCGCAUGCUGGUGUUCGACCCGGCCAAGCGGCUGACGGCGCUGGACUGCCUGGAGCACGCCUACUUCACCGACGAGCCGCUCGCGUAGCCACACCACGUACCCCGGCACACACACUUUGUCACUAGAAGAAGGCGGCUAAUUUAAUAUAAACAUACAGCGAAGACCGAAGGCCGAGCUGCGCGUAGGGCCACCGAGCGCCCACUAAAAGUACAACUUCAUUACUUUUUCUCUUUGGAAAACAUACUAAACAACAACAGUAUUAACAACAACACCAAAACAAUAACACCAAAACAACAACAAUAACACCAAAACAACAACAAUAACACCAAAACAACAACAAUAACACCAAAACAACAACAUUAACACCAAAUACAAAACAACAACACCAACACCGCUGGGCCCUAGGCCCACUAGUUUGUUGUUAUAGCGGCAACAGAAAUACAUCAUCUGUGAAAACUUCAACUGUUCAGCUAGCUAUCACGGUUCAUGAGAUACAGCCUGGUGACUGACGGACAGACAGACGGACAGCUGAGUCUUAGUAAUAGGGUCCCUAUAAGUAUUAGAGAAAAAGGUUGAUCUCCUAUAGAAGUUUGAUUUUCUCGCCUUUUUCUACUGACAAGUUGGAUGUGUUUGAUUAUUUUAAACCACGCGUGUCAGUGUGUAUGUCGCAACCAUUUAGUUCAAUUAGCCAGCUAAUUACACGCCUAGGCUAUUCAUUAAACACCGGCACCCAUUUUGUUGCUUAGAUUGACAGUUGAAUAAAUUACAACCACUCGACGUUUAACAACUUGUCGUAUUGAAAGUCAGCCCUUUGAAAAUGACUGAUUCACUCCGCCAAGUGAUUCAAAUUUAUCCUCAAAAAAAAUGUUUUUCAACAAAAUAACCUAACCAAACGUCAUAAAAUCAUCAAUGUCCAAUUUAACCAAACGACUACACGACGACCCUGUAUUUCUUUCAGCAGUUUUUAUUAGUUUCGGCGCUUAAUGAACGGCCUAGGCGUUUAAUUAUCUGGCAAAUUUAACCAAUUGGCUGCGACCUGUAUAACUUUAUGCGUUAAACAUACAAGUACAUUUGGAGAUGUCAUAUGAGCUUUACUUUAUUCAAAUAUACAUUGAUUGUACCUAUAAAACAUUUAAGAGUCCGCAGCAAUGUCAACCGAAUGUCACCUUCCCAUACAAAAUCAUUUCGUUCUGAUUUUAAAACUACAUAUUGGAUUGUAAUGAGACUUUGCACAUACAAUGACAUGAGGUAUAUCUAAGUCUGAAUUAGUUUAUAUAGCUCCAGCAAACCAAAAAAAAAAAAACAACAAUACAAGUUUCUUUUUUUAUCUAUGGUAUCUGAAGCUACAUAAACUAAGCAUAGAUAUACCUUAUCCUAUUGUAAGUACAAAGUUUCAGAGCAAUCUAGCUAGUCGUAUUAAAAUGAGAGCGUAACUACGUUUGUAUGGAGAACCGAGCUUGCUGCGGACUAGACUAAUUAGUUCUCUUAACAGCUGACAGAUGUCGCUGUACGGUUCCAAACAAUACAGGGUGUCUCCCACCAUGGGGUUUUAAAUGCAGGGAUCGACUCUACUCGCUGCAUUGAGCUACUUUUAAUAUACCAACCCCGAAAUCGUGAAAAUGUUUGGCUUUUUAAUUUUGGCUGAUCAAAUGUCGAUGUUUUCUAAAGACAAGGCACAUUUUUUUUGGUUGGUCCUAUAGUAACUAGCUACAUAUAGCGAGGAGAAUCGUACCCUGCAUCAAAGAGAAUUUGAAAUAAGGUGGAUUGACAAAAACUUUGUAGCCACAGUAAAUUUACUGCCAUCUUUCGACACAUAAUUAAAACUUUUAAAACGCUAUUUGACUUUGAUCCUUAUUCUUUCACUGAUAUGUGUUAAAUGUGUUAAAUAUCAAAAAGCGGCGCCAUCUUACCGGGCAUCGACUAAAGGUUGUGACGCCAUCGCUCGAAAAGAUGUCGCCAUACCUUUUGCCUUUGAUCUAUUAGAUGGCGCCACUUUUUGAUAACAAAUUUAACACAAUCUGUGAAAGAACAAGGAUCAAAGUCAAAGUGCGUUUGAAAAGUUUUAAUCAUGUGUCGAAAGAUGGCAGUAAAUUUACUGUGGCUACAAAGUUUUUUUUGACAAUCCACCUCUAUUUCAAAUUCUCUUUGCCUGCAUUUAGACUGCGUGGGAGACAUAUUGUACAUGAUAGCAGCGCCAUCUAUGCCAGCUUUCAAACAAACCAUUUUUUUAGUCUAUAUCUUUUACAAUGAAUAAUAUGCUUCUAUUGAAUAGUUUUAAGAUUGUUAAGUUACUGUAAUGUUUCUUGAUGCAAAAUAAUGCAAUUUGAUAAGUACAGUCACGUCUGAAAAUAUAUAUACGAAAAAUGUGUCAAAAAUAUGUAUACACUACCUUAACAUAUGGGCAAUAAAGACGUCUUUACAUAUUUUUGGCACUUUUUUCGUAUCAAUAUUUUCAGACGUGAUUAUACAUAAUUUUAGUUUUUUUUUAAGUAACUACAAUUUAUUAAUAAGUAUUUUUGAUACAAUCGCAUUUUUAUGUUAAGUAUUAAUUAAUGAUAAUGAUAAUAAUUAGUGAUCAAGAUAAUUGUACAAGAAUAAAAUGUUCCUUUUCGAAUUGUCGCCAAAUAAAAUUAUUUUUGUAUAUCAAA